AUGGAGCCCCCCGGACCCACAGGUAUGGCCGGGGCUGGUACCAAUAUCACUGGGACACUGGAACUGACACACCUGCUCCCCACAAGCUGCCACGGGGAUGCCCAGCACUGCCCUGGUGAUACAUCUGACAUCGAGGAGAUCAAGGAGCUGCUGGCAGCGCUGCACCCUGGUGAUGCCACCGAUGAUGCCACCAAUGAUUUCACUGACAGUGCCAGUGAUGAUGAUCCAUGGGCUGGUACUGAGCUGGAUGCUGGUGCUGAACCCCUGGCCAUGGGCAGUGGGGAUGGUGCCAGGGAGCCACAGUGGGGCAUGGGCGAUGCCAGGCUGGCAGAGGAGGAGGCGCAGAUGGUGCUGGCGAUCCAGCGCUCCAUGGACAGCUCACAGUGCCAGGAGCAGGAGGUGGCAGAGCUGGCACGUGCCACUGCUCUCUCCCUCCGCUCCUUUCAACGUGAGCAGCUGGCAUUGCCCAGCGAGGAGGAAGAGAAGGAAGAUGAUAGCAGGCUCCGUGCUGCACUGGAGGCCUCUCUGGAGGAGGCAGUGCCAGUGGCAGACGUGGCACGGGUCACCAUCUUCUGCUCCUUUGAGCGGGACAUGUCAGCGCUGCCACGGGCACUGGAGCAGGCACUGGAGGGGCAGCUUCAGGCACAGGUGGUGGUGAGUGAGCGGCUGCAGACACUGCCAGCCUCCUGCCUGGCGCUCCUGCAGCGCCGGCACGCUGUGAGCCUCCAGCUGUGCCAUGGCACUGCCACACUGAAUGGCUUUGCCAAAUACACUGCAGCUGCUGCCCGUGACCUCCGGGCCCUGCUCGGGCAACUGCCAGAGCCAGGGCUGCCCGAUCUUGGCGCCGGCACAGCACGCUGGGUGCGGUGGGACCCCUCUGGCACUGCCAUCCCCUACCCUGCCGAGGCCGUGGAGCAGCUGGAGCGUGCCUGGCAGAACCAGCAGCGCCAGCUGGACCUGGUGCUGUCUGGGCGACCCCUCACCAUCGACCUGCAGCGGAUGGAAGAGUUCGACAUUGGCAGUGCCCGUGCCGUCGCCAUCUCCCGCAGCCAGCCCCCUGCCCACAGCGACCGACGCCUGCUCGGGCUAGAGGUGCCAGGGCUGGAGGAGGAGGAGGUGCGGCUGCUGUCACUGUCUGAGGACUCAGAGGAGUUUGCUGCCACCGUGUGCCAGUUCUACCAAAGCCUGGAGGAGCAGCAUGGCAGGAUCAGCGUUGUCAGGGUGCAGAAGCUGAUCCACCCGCUGCUGUACCAGCAGUACCAGCUGAAGAAGGGUAGUGUGGCACGGGAGUGUGCUCCUGGCACCGUGGUGGAGCGAGUGCUGUUCCAUGGCACCACCGAGGGCUGCAGCCGCGAGAUUUGCCUGCACGGCUUCAACCGCAGCUUCUGCGGCAGGAACGGUACCCUGUAUGGCCUUGGCGUGUACUUCGCGGUGUCGGCAGCGCUGUCAGCCCGGGACCAGUUCUCCCCGCCCAGCCCCGACGGCUCCAAGUUCAUCUUCAUGGCCCAGGUGCUGACCGGGGACUAUGUAAAGGGGUCCCCAGGGCUCCGUGCCCCCCCGCUGCGGGCACAGCCUGGCAGCUGCCCGCCCCGGCGCUACCACAGCGUGGUGAACAGCUCCCAGCGCCCCUCCAUCUUCGUCAUCUUCAAUGACACCCAGGCCUACCCCCAGUACCUCAUCACCUGCCGCCAGCUGGGGCAGGAUGCCAGGACCCACACUGAUCCCCUCUGACCCUGCCAGGACACUCCUGAACCCAGUACCCCCAGUCCCCCUGCACCAGCUCCUGCCCAGGGGCAGGAUUUGGCCAUCCCAGAACAGCUCCAGGGGGUCAGGGUCUGGA